AUGAAGAGUGUUAUCUACCAUGCCUUUUCUCAGAAAGAGGCCAAAGAGUUCAACGUUCAGAUACAGUGCAUGGCAGGAAUCCAGCAGGCCGAGACCUUCGUGAGGGCUUUCCUGAAGCACAACAGGCCACACAUGAGCCAGCAAGCCCGCGAGGAACAGCUGCAAUGCAAGGCUGUGGUCCUGGAGUACGCCACUUGCCAGAAGCACAAGGAGAAGAGAAAGAAAUCCAAGGGCCUCUCUGCCAGGCAGAGGAGGGAGCUGCACCUCUUUGACAUUAAGCCAGAGCAGCAGAGGUAUUCUUUUUCCCCCCUACAUAAACUCUGGAAGCAGUACAUCUGGGACCUGUACGGUGGUCUCAAACCAGACACGCAGCUGCACAUGAUUCAGACCAAGCUGUUGAAGGCAGAUCUUCACGGGGCUCUCGUUUCAGUCAUGAAAUCCAAAUGCCCGUCCUAUGUGGGUGUUACAGGAAUCCUCCUACAGGAAACAAAGCACAUUUUCAAAAUCCUCACCAAAGAAGACCGCCUGAAAGUUAUCCCCAAGCUAAGCUGUGUGUUUGCAGUAGAAAUUGAUGGCUUCAUUUCCUACAUUUAUGGAAGCAAAUUCCAGCUUUGGUCAAGUGAGCGAUCUGCCAAGAAAUUCAAAGCGAAGCGAACAGCUGACCUGUGAGCUCUCUGCUGCAGAGACGGCUGUUUGGGACCCCAAGGACGGGGACACUUUCAUGCCCACCUUUCAGCGGAGACACGGCUGGGCUGGUUCUGCUUCUAGAUCACCCCCAGCCCAUUAACAUCGGAGUUAAGAACAGUUCAUCAUCGGGGAAGAAAUGUGCCUUACUGAGCAAAGUCAGGGAACGGAGGGGUCUCUGUUUCUAGGUGACAACGGGUGUGCAUUGCUCCCGCGAGAGAAAAUCCUGGCAGGAUCGGCACAGGUUGACCUGACUGGUGGCAUUCUUAGGUUUUUAUUUCUCUUUUAUCCUUUUCUUUGUUUCCUGAGUGUAAUGAAUCCAUUGUUUAUAUAAUAAUAAAGUACAUGUGUCAGUGAUAAGGGGGUCCUGCUGAAGGACCGAGCCCAUGGCCCAGCCUGGUUGGAAGGGAGGUGGGCUGGAGGCUGUCCCUGGUAGGCAGUCCCACUUCUGUAGUGUA